UGCGCCGCGUCGCCCCCCACCCCACCCCCAUCCCACCGACGCACUGUUCCUCUUCUCCACCGACAGUGGAGGGCAGGCGGCGAACGAUACCUCCUCUGUCCUCUCUCCCCUCCCAUCUAGGUCCAUUGCCUCAAGAUCCAUGCAAUCCCCUUCUAGAUCCGUCCAGUUGAGUCUCGACGGCAAUGGGUCACCAUUGAAUCAGCAGCUGCGGCCGGCGCAGUCUUCCGCCGCGAUGGAUGAAAGCAGAACUGUUGCUGCGGCCGCCGGAAAGAGUUCAAAAUCUGUUGCGAAGAACAAGCACCUAGGCGGCAUCGACAUUCCCAACCGCUGGAAAAUCAUCAGCAUGCUCUACCAACUUCCUUCCCCUGCACUAAUAUGUUAGUCCACCCUAAUCCCGGCAUUCGAGAGCACUCUCCCAUUACCAUUUCAACUCUCGUAAUGCAAAAAAGCUACGAAGUUGCAUACCUGAUAAUUUUUUGCGUAAAAAGAACAUUACGAUAUCGAAUCAUUCAGCGUCUCCCCAAAAUUCAGCCGUACCAUAUACAAGGCACUUGUGGGGGCGUGAUGGAUUAUUAAUUCCAUGUGGUGACAUUUUGAAUAUCCUAAACUGUUCCGUAUCGAAAUAGAAUGAGUAACCAGAGCAAUGAUUAUUUUGUAAAAUUCUAAGACAGCUACAGUUUGGAUGUUUCACCGAAAGUAGAUGCUAUAGAUCCAAAGUCAGUGUGCGCAUCAUGAUUAGAAAAUACAUCCUAUCAAAAAUAAGGAACCUGACAGCAAGAGAAUUAGGAAAAUAGAAUGAUUUACUUGUCAUUGAUAGUAUCAUUAGUACGCCAUAUGACAUUAUUAUUAUAGUUAAACAAGAAAAGUACAGCAUCAAAAAAGUACAUGAUACCAGCCAUGAUGACAAAAAGCUCAAGGCAACAAAAAAGUAGCGCCCAAAUUAAAUUAUAUUGAUUGAUGAUUCGGCUCUGUAAUUUAAUCCAAAAGCGUCGAAAUUCACACUCGCACCAGAAUCCCAACCAGAGUAACAAUGUUCAUGUGACCAGCAGGAAAAUAUAAUAUACACGAGUAGCAUCCGUCGCAAAAGGCAGGCAUCAGCGACUACAAAUUGCAGGAAGAAAACAUAAUCAUGCAGGCAAGCGAAUAGCAGCUGCAGCGGCGAAUAUGGAACUGUCACUGGUAGCCACACACAUAGGCCGACUAUUGGCAAGGCCAAAAUUAAAGGACAUUUACCUAGUCCUAGCAAAUAUUUGCACAGAGAAAUCCUUACCUAGUCGAAUUUAUGAGGACCCACCUGACUACAUCUUGCAGUUCGAAACUGCAAAUGAUCAAGAAAUAGUGUACCAUCAGAGUGCAAUUAUCACACCAACCUACAGACUUGGCCUGUCAAAAUGGACACCAUACUACAAAAACCACAGUAAACCAUGGAACCUCAAGGUUAAAAUGAUCAUAACUGGGAUCCCAGAGAGAUCGGUCGGACCAGACGUCCUGAACCCUCUCCUGGGUGCUUACUGUGACGUUAGAGGUUUUAAAUACGACACUUGCACCAGUACAUGCCGCAUUACUGCGUACACAUCUGAGAUAGAAGCUGUGCCAACUACAGGAGUGAGGAUCGCAAUUGAACCACAAGAAAACCAAAACAGCACACCACAGAUAGUAUCAGUUGAUAUUAGUACAGCAGAAUUCAUAGACCCACCACCAAUGACCGCGGCAGACUACAUCUCCUAUGGAUACCAUCCCAGCCUCGUCGACACAGCUUUACAGACUGGAUUAGACAUUGACGUCCUGGAAGAGCUUCACAGGCAGCAAGAGAGGAGGAUGAAACGAAUGGAAUAUAUAAGAAGUCAACAAACAGCAGCGGUGGAGACACGAGCAUGGUGGACUAUGACUACAACUAACGAGCAACUUUCAAUACAUGCACAUCGGCGAGUACAUCCAAAGGCUUCUACAGAGCAGGGUGCGUCAAUUCGGACACCGACAGCGAGGAACUUUGGGAUCGAGAGCCAGCAUGCUGGAAGAGGGGUUGAGGAGCAAGCAUGAACCAGAAAAAAGGCUCCUGUUGAUCCCGGGCUCUACUAAUUGUAUUGUAAUAGACAUCUAUAAUACGUGAACUGAUAUGAAGGUUGUAGAACUAUCGUACUCUACUAAACGUAUUGUAAUCAUGUUGCCACCAUGGAACUGUGUAAUCGCUGUAAUUAAAGCCUGAAGUGCACUUAUUUAUGCGCAA